UUUACCAGUGACACCAGAGUUGUGAGACUUCAAUAAUGAGUUCCAUCUGUUUCUCUGCUGUGCCUGUGAGAAUUUGUUUUCCCCAAGCUCGCUCACCAAUCAAACAAGAGCCAGCCUAUAGAUGCCCUGCAAAAUAAAGCUUAUCCAUCUCUUCCACCUUUCUCUCACUCUGCAUGGACUGUAUGGGAGGAAGUUAAGUUGCUCAGCCUGAAGUAUCUGCACAGCAGUACCUUUUGAGAGGCUCCUCCUAAUUUUUAUUUAUUUAUUUAUUUUCUAAUAUGGCCAUCCUUAAGAAUUUGAAGGUGAAUUUUUUUUCCCUUCCAAAAUGUAUGGCAUUUAGAUUAGGAUGUUGGAUAGUAAUAACAAUUAGAAACUCUUUGGAAACAACUGCAUUAGUGUGCAGAAUAGCAGCAGGAGAGAAUGUGUGACAGAUGCGCUUCUGCAAUAUCUUUGUCUGUGAUGUACAGAAGGCCUGCCAGCAAGGGAGAAGAAAAGGAAGGAUAAAGUCUUCCAUCCAGACUGUGACAGUCAGAUAAACUGGAGUUGGCCAUGGGACAAGGAAAUGAAACUGUCGUUACUGAAUUCAUCCUCGAGGGUUUCUCAGGGCUUAAUCAAAGGCUACAGCUAUUUCUCUCUCUGGUCUUUCUACUCAUCUACCUGACAACGGUGAUGGGGAAUGCAACCAUCAUUUUCCUCGUGUGUGUGGAUAACCGCCUGCAAAUCCCUAUGUACUUUUUCAUUGGCAAUCUGGCAUUCCUGGAAAUCUGCUUUACAUCCUGCACAAGCAUCAAAUUGUUGGUGAUUCUGAGCUCUGGCAGGAGAACAAUCUCUGUAAGUGCCUGCUUUGUCCAGUCCUAUUUCUACUUUGCCCUGGGAUGUACGGAGUUGAUUCUCCUUGUGGUCAUGUCCUUUGACCGUUACCUUGCCAUCUGCCAGCCUUUGCACUAUGCUGCCAUCAUGACGCAGCAGCUCUGCAUGCUCCUGGUUGUUGCUGCUUGGGUCGCAGGCUUCACAUUCAUGAGUUACCACCUGGUACUGCUCUCAAAGCUCACUUUCUGUGGUUCAAACAAGAUCCAGCACUUUUUUUGUGACAACUCCCCCUUGUUCCAGCUGUCCUGCUCUGACACCAACUUGCUCUGGAGAAUAGGCUCCGUUUUGAUCCUCUUCAUUCUGCUGGGUUCAUUGUGUUUAACUCUGUCAUCUUAUGUGUGCAUCUUGUUCUGUAUUCUACGCAUGCCUUCCAGGAGGAAAAAAGCUUUUGCUACUUGUUCUUCCCAUCUCACCAGCUUGGCCAUUGCAUUUGGAAGCUGCCUUGAUCUCUAUUCCCAUCCCUCGGAACGUGUUUCUUUGGAGACCAACAAACUUGUGGCUUUACUGAACACUGUCCUGUACCCGUUCUUAAACCCUUUCAUCUACAGCCUUAGAAACAAGCUUGUGGUGCUGGUCCUGAAGGAUGCCAUUGCCCAUGCAACAGCGCAGCUUUUCCCUCAGUCACGAUGCAUUUCUGGACAGUAAUUCUAAUUAUCUGUUAUUGUACCUAAUGCUGCUAGGGCUGUCGGACACACUAUGUAGAGGAGAAGCAUUUUUGGAUUGCAGAAGUGUUCUUAAGGGAUGCUUAGGGAGGUUCCAAAGGCAGGAAAACAGGGAAUUUGGGUGAUUUAAGGUGGGACGAGUGUGGGAAGA